AUGGAGCGAAUCGAUAACCUAUUUUACUCAUAUGCAAAUAGGUCUUCUGGUAUGAUUGACCCAGAAGGAAUUGAAACUCUAUGUUCAGAUAUGGAGGUGGAUCAUACUGAUGUUAGAAUCUUGAUGCUAGCUUGGAAAAUGAGAGCUGAAAAACAGGGAUACUUUACCCUGGAUGAGUGGCGAAGGGGCCUCAAAGCACUGAGAGCUGAUACUGUAAAUAAAUUGAAAAAGACUCUCCCGGAGCUAGAGAAAGAGGAGAAACAGAAGAGUAUAGACAUAGAGAGCAUCAGCCAAUUGUUGGAUCUUGUUUUAGGAUCCCAUUUCCGAGGCCAGGUUGACUACUUCAUUGAGUAUCUAAAGUAUAUGCUUCUUUCUGGUCUACUAGCUUAUGAGCUAGAUUGUAGAAUUGAUGGGCAAACUGACCCUGCCGCUGCUAUGUUUUCUGCAGAUGAGAUGCUCUGUUUAUUUUAUAUCCGUGCUUAUUCUUGUUUCUUGGGAGUUGUUACCAUCUCGGAUAAACUGGCUUUCACUGUGGUGCAGAUUCAGAGUGAUUAUAAGGUCAUAAACAUGGAUCAGUGGAUGGGCUUUUACCGCUUUUGCAAUGAGAUAAGUUUUCCAGACUUUAGUAAUUACGAUCCAGAACUUGCAUGGCCCUUGAUCCUGGACAAUUUUGUAGAAUGGAUGCGAGCAAAAUGGACCUAA